AUGGGCUCGAUUUCCAACGGGCAAUGUUUAGCCCAUACAUCAGGCAUAUAUUAUGGAGAAAUAUGCUUUUCCUCAAUAAAUGAAACAGAUAAUACUGCCGAAGGAAAUACUGCUUGCUAUUUGGAUGAGCCAAAUAUAUCAUGUACUGUAAAAUAUUGUAAUUUCAUGAAAAAUAUUGCUACUUCUAGAUUCGCACUUAUUACAGAAUCUCGUCAAAAUUUUGAAACUUUUUCCAUAGCUUUAGUGAAUAAUACUCAUGGACCCUCUGAUAGAGGAUUGAUUAGUUGUUAUGCAGCAUAUUCAUAUAUAUUCCGAGAAUGCAUUAUUAAGAAUAAUAAGUGCUACAAUUUCUUUUAUGGCGAUUCGCAAACAGUAAUUCAAUUGAUUAAGUGCGUAAUAAGUAAUGUUGCUUAUUCUCAGUAUAAAGCCGGAAAUUUACAAUCAUUAUCAACAGAUAAAACAAAAUCUCUUUCAAUUCCUUUUGCUCUCUAUGAAUCAAGUAUGUGCUUUUCAAAAGAAAAUUAUAAAUUAAAAGAAUGCACAAAUAUUCCUAAUAUGGUUCCAAUUGGAAGAAUGGGAGCAAAACUGUUGAUCGGGUUUUGGCAAUCUUAA